AGUUAAAAAGCACAACAAAAUAACUGAGACCCGAGGCCUGUCAACUGGUUAGAAUCUCGUAUUGUUCGGCAUGAAAAGAAACAUACAAUGGCAAGGUUAACCUGGGACAGAUGUCUCCUUGCUUUCUGCUGCAGUUUUUCGUUAUUUUGCAGCAACAUAUUUGCAUUUUUAGAUCUGGAAGAGCUGAGGAGUGUGCAUUAUGACAUUGAUAUAUCUGCAACCCCUGUUCUCGUUGGAAGAUCCAUUGAGCAGCAAGUCGUUCAUUUGCGCUCCAAGUUUGGUCAAAGAUAUGAAUGUCGGCUUCCGGACAUGACCGACUAUGAGAAGGAGCAAGAAGAGGAAAAACUAGCCUCCGAUAUCGGAAUCUCAGAACUUCUUAAACCAAUGGAGAAUGCGCCCUGUUUAAUCAAGACCAAAGAUUGGUGGAGUUAUGAGUACUGUCAUGGUAGACAUAUAAAACAGUACCAUGUUGAAGAUGGUAAGAUACAAGGCAAGGUGAUCUAUCUCGGCUACUACGAGAGUGAAAUGGAUUGGAAUAACAAAACUCAUAAGGAUGCUAAGAGACACAGAUUAAAUCGUUACCAUAGUCACACGUAUGUGAACGGCUCUCAAUGCGAUGUGACCAAAACUCCCAGAGAAACUGAAGUUCGGUUCAUGUGUGCUGAGGGCCAGGGUGAUUCAAUCCACCGUAUAGAUGAGCCGUCAUCUUGCGCCUACGUCUUAAACAUCCAUACUUCACGUACGUGCCAUCACCCCUAUCUACGACCCCCUCCGAGCUUGAAGCCUAGACCGAUACUCUGCUAUCCUGCGCUGGAACAAGAUCAGUAUGACAAAUAUCUUGAGAUCAAACAAGCGACCACGCACAGUAAACACCACCUCAUCGAGAUUGGCUCCUCAGAAGCGAUGAAAUACAAGAAGGAACAUCUCCUUCCCAGUGAUAGUACACCAGCUGGCUUGCCAAGUAUUGACCAAGACAAUUUGAUUGACGAAGAGGAGGUUGAGAUCGAUGGAUUGGAGGAUGCUGUCGCUAUGGGCUUGGACCACACAUCCCUCAGCAACAUGGUCAAGUCAGUACUGAAAUUAGCCAAGAAGAAUGUGAAUGACAUCAACCUCGAGGUCAAAGAUAACUCAGAGAAUGGUCAAGAUUCUACUGAACGAGAUUCAGGCGAAGAAGAUGAAGACAAUAACGAUGAUGAUGAGGAGCUGUUAAUGAAUCUUUUACUCUCGGAAGAAUUCGGUGAAGACGAGAUGCUCGAAGACGACGAAUUGGAGGAACUCAUGCAGAGAGAUACGGACGAGUUGGUCAAGAUGUUCCGCGAGCGUAUAACCAGAUUGACCUCUGACCCCACAGAGGUCGAGAGGUUAAAUAAGAUGGUAGAUAGCGUUGAAAGGACUCUCGGUGAAAUCGAGGCAGUGAAUGAGCUCCUAGGAGAGGAGGAAGCUGACGAUGAGGAGAAGGAUUGGACUUUAGAAAAUGGAGAAGAGGAUGGUGCUGCAGAUCAUGGGGAUGGGAGGGAGAAGGAGGACAACACUCCGAAGAAUCUCAUGAAAGAUAACCAAGAGAAUGCGGCAGCUAAGACUCAUGAUAAUAAAAACGCUGUCAGUGUUCCGUCGUUGGCGUCCAGUAAGGACAAGAUCAAAGUGAAGGUGACCAAACUGUCCAUGGACAAGUCGAGGAACAUUAAGGUGGACUCCGGCAAAGAAGUAGAAGUCUACGACAGUAAUAAGAGACCCAUUGAAGAGGCAAUCGUACAGCAACUGGAGAACGCUGGAAUAAACAAUGCAGGAAAGGUUGAGUUCCGAAUCGUGACGUACACACCUAAUGAAUGGCCGGAGGGAGAGGACGGAGUUACGAUACUCACGGAAGAAGAAAGCAGUUACUUCAAAAAUCUUGUUAUGGGUCUACUGGGUGGAGGGGCGGAGAACACCGAGCAGGAGCGGCAGGAGAGACUGGAGAGCAACUAUCAGUUUACUUGGGACCCACAAGGAGCGAGUCAGCUGGGUACCGGGGUGACAACGAGUACCGAUGGAAAUGGUAUCGAGGCGGAUGGGGAGGAAAGCGUGCCGUGAUUGCGGAGUUACUGGCGUUUUGCGCGGAAAUUGUGGUCCCCCAAUCGUUGAGGAUUGUUGAAUUUAAGACUAGAUUUGUACUAAGCCGGUAAUGUUGAUUUCCGCUAGUACAGGUGGUAUUAUGCUUUGGUUAUAGCAUUCUUUUUGCAAGCCAUCUGCUUUUGUUUUUGCUUUUAACUUCUUGAAGUCUAUUUUGAUGUUAUUCUCUAUCCAUCAAUCACCUUACUCCCCAGAUUGUCCUACCCAUCGUAGGGGAUUAUUGAUUCUGAAUGUUUCACUUUUGGAUUUGUACUAAGCCCGUAAUGUGUAAGGAAAAUGGGCCGUGAUUACCGAGUUACUGGCAUUUUGCGUGGAAAUUGUGGUCCCCCGAUCGUUGAGGCUUGUUGAAUUUGAGACUAGAUUUGUACUAAGCCGGUAAUGUUGAUUUCCGCUAGUACAGACAGUAUUAUGCUUUGAUUAUAGUAUUUAUUGGCAAGCUGACUGUUUUUGUUUUGCUUGUUAACUUCUUGAAGUCUGUUUCGAUGUUAUUCUGCACCCAUCAAUCACAGUACUCUACUCCACCACUUUCACCAACCGAAAGUCUAACUUGCAGUUUGGUACCUUUGAAAUUCGCAUCAAGUGGUGCGGACAGAGUGGGUAUGGGGAAUUGGCUUUGACCGCUCUUGCUGGGAUUAUAUGGUACUGUGUAAGACUAAGAAUCUUAUGAUUUUGGUAAAGGAAGUCAAAACUUUCAAACUUAAUUUGGUGUCUGCACACAAUUUAUUAAUGGUAGCCAAAGCAUUUUCAUUGUCAUUUUCGUCUAUUUUUCAGUCUUUUUCUCCUUUUGGUAGUGAAAGGUUGCUUUUCCUCUGCUUAUUUUUUCAUUUUUAGAAAUAGUAAUCCUUUACACUCACAGCCAGACUCGAGCCUCCCUCACCCCAAGCUAAUUCAAGAAACUAUUUUAUGUUGACAUGUAAAUUCUCUGACUAUGCAAUAGUUCAGGGUGUUUUGUUGUUGUUUUGUUUUGUUUUGUUUUAAAGGGACUUUCAGGGUUAAUUCCCAUAGCACUUUUCAAGACCUGGCCCCAAUUCACAGAUCAAGGUGAUGUACACCGGUGUGCAUCACUUUUGUUGUUACCCGGCCCGUCGGGUCAUGUAACAUGCGUUUUUGUUGCGCGUCACAUGAUUGGUUCUCGACCAAUCAAACUUCACAGUUUGUUACUGAGGUAUAACAAUUAUGAUUGGUAUCCUGUUUAUACUUGCUUAGCAAAGUUUGCUGCUUAAGCAGCUCUAUGAAAUUAAAUACUCGACCAGCCCCCUCUCAUCCCCCUGAGUCUGGUGAACAAAAUGUGAAUUUAGUGCCUUCAUCUUUUUGCAACCCAGGACAUGUAAGCUUGUCUACUCUAUGCCGAAUUUGGAUUCGAAAAAGAAGCUUUACGAGUCUGUCUGUAGAGCAUAAUCUUCUUCAUCUUUGUCUUUCUUUCGUUUUAGUUUUAAAGAUUAUCCUUUUGAUUUGUCAUGCCAAAUUAUCAAUUAUUAAGAAACAUUGGGCAAGUUGGAAGAAAGCCUUACAAUUAAAACAGUAUGGAAAUUCAGGUUUCCAAACAAAAUCAACCUCUGCCCUCGCCGUUCUUUUGUUCCUCUUUGUUUUGUUAAGCACUCCGUUCUUCGUGGGGCUUGUGUAUUAUAUUAUUAUUAAGGUACCCAUUUAUACUUCUGGGUGAAGAGAAGCAAUUAUAUUGUAUGACUUAACCUCCAGAACCUUGAACCCACCAUGACUUGUCACCUAAUUGGUUUGACCAUUUUUGUGAUUGCUUCAACUUGACUUGUGUACCGUUUAAUAAUUUGACCUUUUUUGUGCUGCCUCUGUUUCUGUUCAUCGCAGUUGUUCUGUCUUAUGUAAAACAUAACAGUAUGUAUAAAUUGCCAUACAAAAAUUGAAUAUUUAAGAGAUAUAUUGUACAUGGGUGUAUAAAGAGAUAAUGAUUAACGCUUGACUGAAAACCCCCCAAAAAGUGCAAGAAAACUUAACGCAAACUGUUAUAUUUAAACACCGUUUAGUGUGCCUUUAUCCUUAUUAACAAA